AUGGUGAAAGAGUUAAAGACUCAGGCGUCCACCCACAAAUUCUCAUGUUUAGAUGCAGUUAUGGCCGAACUGAAGUGGUGGAUGAUGUGGCUAAUCACCGAUGAAGACAAUGAGCUUCAGCUCUCUGACCUCAGUCCUAGUAUGGUGGGUGGCGACACUUCUAAAGAGAGCUGCAAGCGAAAGAGGGAGGUCUCCAGAAAGCCAGUCCCUGAAGUAGAGGUCGCCGUUUCUCCACCUCGGCAGAUUGAAUGUUUGCUUCGUCCAAUCUCUUCCAAUGUGGAAGGAGAGUCUUCUGGUCCUACUGUUAGGACGCUUUCCCAGGGAGCUCAACACCUCAUCCAAUCACUAGAAAGGAACCGCUCCACUCAAGGGAAUCCUAGCCUAGCCAAGGUCAUGGGAGCCUCCAUCUGCUUCCAAGAAUAUCGGAACAGGUUGGCAGAGGAGAGCAUCAAUGAUAUUUUGACUCAGACAAUGAGUUUGGGCUUGGAGGCUAUUGCAAAUCAACAUGAUGCCUCAGCUGCACAGGCUCAACUCUCCUCUGCCAAUGACUACAUCGCUAGAUUGGAAGAUCGGAUAAAGCGUUGCGAAGAGAAGAUAGUCGAAGUGGAGCAGGAACUUGAAGUCACCCGAGCUGGUCGAUCUGUCGAUCUCGCUCGUUUCGCUGAGGAACUUCACGUGAAGGAGGAGGAGCUCCGGGCCAAGGAGGAGGAGCUCCAGGCCAAGGAAGAGGAAAGCACAACAAAAGAGGCUGGGGCAUAUGUGAACGCCCAUAAUGACCUCCUGGCUGAGCUGAGGAAGCGUUAUCUUGAGGAGGACUUAUCCUGA